AUGGAAGAUGAAGAUACUCAAAAACAUGAAGAGAGUCAAGGAGUGGAGGAACAAGAUUUGCUUAUUCAGCAAGGCCUUACAAAAAAACUACAUAAGGAAGCAAAUCAACAAGUUCAAGUUCCAAAAGUCAUACAUCCCUUACCCAAGAUACCUCCACCAUUUCCCCAACGUUCGAAAACGAAAAAUGACGAUGAGAAGUUCAAAAUUUUUUUGUCAGUAUUUAAGAUCUUAUCAAUCAACCUUUCUCUGGUAGAAGCAUUGUUGGAAAUGCCGGGAUACGCCAAAUUCAUGAAAGAACUGGUUACAAAGAAAAGGAGAUUGGAAUAUAAAACGAUAGAGAUGCCCCAUAGUUAUAGUGCAAUUAUGACAAAUGAUUCAAUCACUAAGAGAGAAGAUCCUGGAGCAUUCACAAUCCCGUGCACAAUUCACAUGCUCCAAUUUGCUAAAGCCUUGUGCGACUUAGGGGCAAGUAUCAACUUGAUGCCCUAUGCAAUAUACAAGCAACUUGGUUUGGGUGAACCAAAGGCAACCACAAUGAGACUCCUCAUGGAUGAUCGAUCAAUCAAGCACCACGUCGGAAUACUCUAUGACAUAUUAGUAAAAGUGGAUCGGUUCAUCUUUCCGGCUGAUUUUAUGAUUCUAGACUGUGAGAUCGAUGCUGAAAUUCCCAUUAUUUUGGGAAGCCCUUUCUUAGCUACAGGGAGAGCACUGGUGGAUGUUGAAAGCGGGAACUUGAAGUUUCGUGUGAAUGAUGAUGAUGAGGUGACCUUCAAUAUAUGUAAGUCCAUGAAGCAACCAAGUAACAUCCAUGUGGUGUCCACUGAGGAUGUGAUAGAUAAGGCAGUGGCAAGUGUGAGUCAUUUAAUGCGCAAUAAUGAGCCUCUUGAAUCUAUGCUUGCUAAUUAUGAUGAAUCCGAAGUUCAAGGUUACGAGGAAGUGGUAGCAGCUUUAUCAGGAAUAAGAGCAUAUUCAAGGAAUCCAAUCAAAUUGGAUAUCGAUCUGAAAAACAGAGAAAGCCCCCUGCUAAACCAUCAACAGAAGAACCACCUAAUUUGGAGUUAA